AUGCUAGGAAAAGCCAAGUACUCUGCUGAAAGCUCAACCAGUACUACAUCAAGGCAGUACCCUUUCGUAUGUUCACUCUGCUCCAAAGCUUUUCCGACCGCGCAGGCCCUAGGAGGCCACCAAAACGCGCACCGGAAAGAACGAAACGGGGUGCGGAGGCUCUGCGUUGAGCAACACGUAGCAAGAGUGAAAGACAUCAUCCUCGCACCCAAUGGCAACGAUCAUAUCUUUGAACAUUUUUCGCUGUCGAUUGCUAAACACGGCUCAAACCACGGUCCUAAUCCUGCAGGGCAUGGAUCGCCAGUGGAUGGAUAUCAUGGGAACCUGGGGAGGGCUCCUUAUAAUGGGAAGGACAAGUAUCAUCCUUAUGUCAAGCCUAGACAUGAUCAGGAAAAAUCGAUGAAGUUCCUUGAGUUGACACUGGGGACAAGAGGUGAAGAUGGCACCAAAAUCAUCACUUCCGAGGCAAAGCUAGACUUAACUCUCAGGCUCUAA